CCCCACCUCCCGUGUCUUACCCAACGACACACCACCAUCAUCCCCGCCAUGUCUUCUCUCAAGAAGGCCCUGGGGAAGCUCAAAACGGGCGUCCGCAGCAAUCCAGGCUCCGACGAUGAGGGCGGAAUCAUGUCCCCCAAAUCUGCCAAUGGUGUUGCAUCCCCCAGAUCAUCCAGCGCGCUUACGCGAUCCAGCAUCGACGUGAAGCGCAGCAAUGCUGCCACGGAUAAGAACGAACCCAGUUCCGCCGUCGAUAGCAAAACCCCUACUCUCGACAAGGCGAGGACUGAGUCUCCCCGCAACAGCGGAAUCUUCCACAGGCGCACCGAGAGCCCCAGCCGUAGCCAGACCUUUCCUUCGAAGCCCCGCUCCGGCUCCAUCUCCCACAGUCCCAUCCGAGCUGUCAAGGAGAAGUUGCACAUAGGUGCCAAUGACUCUUCUAGCGAUGGCGAGACUCCUCUCAAUCGCGAUGGUGAGAAGAUGUCCCGCAACCAGCUCAGGAAGUACGAGAAGCAGGCUCAAACCGAAGAGCGAAGGAAGGAAGUUCACGAGAAAGAGAUGGAGAUCGAGAGGCGAAAGAGAGAAAUGGAGGAGCAGGCGGAUAAAGAACUGACUCCCGAGCAAAAGGCAAAGUAUGGCGUUCUCGAUCCCAACAGCUACGCCCGUGACUGGAAGCAUGAGGCGCGCAUGGACAUCAAGACCUUCUCGGCCUCAGACGUCGGAAAGGAGGUCGUGUUCCGUGCCCGAAUCCAUCACCUGCGAAAGAUGAGCGCCAAAUUCGUCUUCUUUGUGUUCAGGCAGCAGCUGGGUACAAUCCAAGGAGUUCUGCUGGAGCAUGGCGACAUCUCAAAGUACAUGCUUUAUUGGGCAGAACACCUCGAUGCCGAGAGUAUUGUGCUCGUCCGGGGUAUCCUACAAGAGCCCAAGGCUAAGCAGGGCGAAGUCACUGGCGCUACCGUUCACGAUGUUGAGGUUGCUGUGCAUGAUCUCCACGUAGAAGCCUCCGUCACUGAACACCUCCCCUUCAACGUGUAUGAAGCAGAGGUCUCCCAAAAGGAUGUCGAUGAGGAGAUCGCUCGAGGUGAUCAGAACGAAGGACACCGGGUCAAGAUCGCGGAUCGAACGCGCUUGCAUAACCGUGUCAUCGAUCUGCGGACGACCACUUCUCAGGGUAUCUUCCGCAUACAGUCCGGUAUCUGCAGGUUCUUCCGGCAACAACUUGACAAGGAAGGCUUCAUUGAAAUUCACACUCCCAAGCUGCAGGGCGGCGCAACAGAGUCCGGUGCGAGUGUCUUCAAAGUAGAGUACUUCGGCCGUGGCGCAUUCUUAGCUCAGAGUCCUCAGCUGGCUAAGCAAAUGUGCAUAUCUGCCGAUUUUGGCAAGGUAUACGAACUAGGAGCGGUUUUCCGUGCGGAAAACAGCAACACCUACCGGCAUUUGACCGAAUAUACGGGUCUCGAUCUGGAGAUGGCUAUCGACGAGCAUUACCACGAAGUUCUACGUACUUUAGACCGCACCUUCAAAGCCAUAUUCACAGGUAUCUACGAACAAUUUCGCCCCGAAAUUGAAAUCGUCAAGCGUCAAUUUCCCCACGAAGACCUAGUCUGGCUGGAAGAGACUCCCAUCAUUCCUUUCGCGGAGGGCAUUCGAAUGCUGAACGAGUCCGGCUGGAGGGACGAAGACGGCAACCCUCUUGACGAGAACGAAGAUAUGGGUACGAGGGACGAGGUACAGCUCGGUCGCGUGAUCAAGGAGAAACUGGGUACGGAUUACUAUGUUUUGGAUAAAUUCCCAGUCAACGCUCGUCCUUUCUAUGCCAUGCCCGAUCCCGAUAACAAGGCCGUCACCAACUCCUUUGAUAUCUUCCUUCGAGGUCAGGAAAUCCUCAGUGGCGGCCAACGUAUCCACGACGCAAACAUGUUGCUCGAGAACAUGUCGAGGUUGAAGAUGGAUCCCCAGACUAUGGAAGAGUAUAUCCAAGCUUUCCAGUGGGGAGCACCUCCCCACGGCGGCGGUGGAAUUGGUUUGGAACGUAUCCUUAUGCUUCUCUUGAGCCUUGGCAACAUUCGACAUGCCUCGCUAUUCCCCCGUGAUCCGAAGAGUUUGCCGGAGAAGCCCAUUGUCAAGCAACUGCGUCACCCAGAGGCGAGCACCAUGCAUCCUCCAUGGGAAGGUCAGGAUCGCGCCGCCGCUGGUCUUGACUACCAAUCGAUUGAGAAGCUCAUUGCGAACUACGGAGAUGCCACAAACACUUCCUGGCUGGAGCCCCGCACUGAGAUCUGGCGGGACGACUUCACGGGUGCGGCCGUUGGAUUUGUUCCCCAGGAUGGCUUUGCUAUUACUGUCGGUGACCCCCUCUGCCACCCAUCUCAGUAUCUCAAGACAAUGGCUGGGUAUCUCAAAUACAUCAAGAAAGAUCGUGGACUGAAGCCAUUGUGGCUUCUUGUCGGUAAGGAGGCCGAGGAAGUCCUCGCUACCAAGUUCAACUGGCGCACUUUCUCUGUUGUUGCUGAGCAACGUCUUGAUCCCGGUCACAAUCGUGCGCUGAACGAUUCUGAUCUUCAACGCAAGAUCCGCCAUGCUGAGAAGGAAGGCGUUAAGAUUAUCGACUACCCCAUCGGCAGCCCACCACCGCAAGAGGUCAAGGCCAAGGUCGAUGCACGUGUUGAGGAUUGGUUGAAGAACAGGAAGGGCCGUCAAGUGCAUCUGACCAAUGUCCACCCAUGGCAAGAUGAGGAGCAUCGCCAGUACCAUAUCGCCCAGACUCCUGAUGGCACCGUCGUGGUCUGCGUAGUCAUGGCACAACUCAGCCCUGACCACGGCUGGCAAGUCAAGCACACGCUAGAUUUCCCUAAUGCGCCAUCCGGAUCGAUCGAGUAUGUGCUCACGCACGCGCUCAAGGUGGCGGCGCAGAACGGAGCGACAACUGUCACGUUUGGCGGUGGUGCCAGCUCCAAGUUCACACCUGGACACAAUGUCAAGGGCACGCGAGUCAAGGUGCUCAGCCGGGCAUACCACGCCAUCGCUACCGAACUCAAGCUCACCAACAAGACCGAGUUCAGAGAGAAGCUGGGCGCAACGGAUGACCCGAGCUACAUCUGCUACCCGCCGCAUGGGCUCGGGCCAAUGGCGAUCAAAGCUAUUCUGAACUUCUUCGAGGACGAUGACUACUAG